UGUUCCCCAGCCACUCUCGGGCGUUGGCGGAGCUGAUAUUCAUACCGCGUGCACACGAGGUCACAUGGAGGCGGAAUCAGUCUGUUUGGUUUUUGAAGUGAGGCAGUAUUUAAAAACGAGUUUUUUUUUUUUUUAAAACUUAGUUGAUGUGGUUGUUAGUGACUAAAACAUCGAUAUCAACUAUCGGUUUCAACCUUCCACAAGCAGAUUGUACAACAGCAUAGAUGUCCAGCUGGAUUCAUUGUAAUGUCUGUUUUCAUCAGCCUGGUGCAAACCGUAGAUUUGCAGUUACGAACUGUGGGCAUAUCGUUUGUGAGAUUUGUUUCCAGAAAGGAAAGAAAGACCAGUGUAUUAUUUGUAAAGCACAGUGUCGUGUUAUGCCACUUUCAGACAAAAGUAGUUCUGAAGUCAAAGCUCUUUUCACUGACAUUGACGCAAUUUCCAAGAAAUAUUCCUCAGAGAUAACAAAGAUUUUAGAGUUUCAGGGGAAACAUAAGAAAAGGAUACUAGCAUACUACAAGCAAAAGAGUUCAGUGUUGGAAGUGUCCCUGCUGAAGGUGAAACAAGAUAUACAACAACUAAACAAGGGGUCAAUAAUUAAAAUGUAUUUUCAAAGGAAAGUUGCUGAACAGAAGUUCUACAUUGCUAAACUAGAAAGUUCGUUGCAGCUUCAAAGUUUGAGAACAUCGCAGUACUCCUCUCGAAUGUCUCCUGCUGUUGUAAACCCCAUGUCAACACCUUUAGGUAAUCAGAUGCCAUUUUCCUCACUGAAACUCUCACGGCCAUCAUCUUCUGACAUACUGGGAGAAAAAGAAGUGGAUAUGCGACCACCAUUAAGAAAAAAACAACCUGACAUUUCAGCAAGUAAUUCCAGGUUAUCUUUAAUAAGUCCACCUCAAGAUGGGUGUAUGGGUGUUGUUCCUUACAGAGUGGCUAGUCAGAGUUGUCUAGUGUCCAGUCAGGCUAACCGGCCUGUGCCAGUAAGAGACAGACCUCUUGGUCCAUUGGUGCCUGGACAUGGACUUCCUAACAACACAAUGUCAUCGUCACAAGGAUACAGAACAGGGGAGUUGUCCUCACAAAUGUACAGAUCCGGGGAGCCGUGGAAUGGCUCUGGUUUCAGAAACCCGAUGCCUUACAACUCCUCACAGACAUCCCUGCAGACAUUAAGAACUCCCAUCAGCAUCCCCGGCCUUCUGCACAGUAAGCAAAUAAGAUAAACACAGGCAGGAUUUGAACCUGUGGCAGACAUGAAGAAACAAUGGGCAUAAGGUCAACAUGUUGAAGCAGCAACUGUAUCUAUUGUUAAAUUAUUCUUAAUGAAUUAGACAUACAGAUGUAAGAAUAUGUAUGUGUGUUUUUCUAAUAAGCGUCAAAGUGCCAAUACUGCGGUACUGGACAUUCUUACUUUUGAAAAUGCAAGACUUCUUGUAUUCCACACCCUUAUGUUCAGUUCAGUUCAGUUAUCUUGUGGUUCUGGGUGAAUUAUUUUUUUUUGUUUGUUUGUUUAUUAAUUUAUUUUUUAUGAUAAAUUCAUUUUCUUUUAACAGAAGAACAUAUUUAAACAAGACGUAUUUUUUCUUGUACAUUCUGUAUAUUAUAAGGCUGAAUAAACAUUUAGAUAAACUA